GUGUGACUCUUCGCUCUUCCUGUGAGUCUGUCACUCGGCGGAGUCGGUAACCGGAAUCAGCAUGUUAAUCAUCAGUAACAGGAUUAAAUUAUGCUCGCUGGCCUUCACCGCUGCGCGCAUGUACGCCACCGGAGCUCAAGCCAACAACAACCCGGUGGUGUUCUUCGACAUCGCGGCGGAUAACGAACCUCUCGGUCGAGUCACCUUCGAACUGAAUGCGGAUGUUGUGCCCAAAACCGCAGAGAAUUUCCGAGCUCUCUGUACUGGUGAACAUGGCUUCGGAUACAAGGGCUCAAUCUUCCACAGAGUGAUCCCACAGUUCAUGUGUCAGGGAGGAGACUUUACCAACCACAACGGAACCGGAGGAAAGUCCAUCUAUGGCCCGAGAUUUCCGGACGAGAACUUCAAACUGAAACACACUGGACCAGGUAUUCUGUCCAUGGCCAACGCUGGACCAAACACAAAUGGAUCCCAGUUCUUUAUCUGCACAGUCAAAACAGAGUGGCUGGACGGGAAGCACGUGGUGUUCGGCAGCAUUAAAGACGGGCUGGAUGUGGUGAGGAAGGUGGAGGAUCUGGGAUCUCGAUCGGGAAGAACCGCCAAGAGAAUCAGCAUCACCGACUGUGGAGAACUCAAGUAGAUUCACUGAAUCACUUCACUGAAUCAUUUCUACUGUCCUGCCGCAGACCCAUCGACUACUAAAUGUUCUGAAGGCGUCAAAAUCUCCAUAAUGUGAAAUCUAGAACCUUUUGGGUUCCAGGAAUAGUCUUUAUUUACUCUCUCAUGUUGAUCCAAAGCUGUUUGAUUUGUCUCUGGAACACAAAAAGUAGAAUUUAAGAAUCCUCACUCAUAAAACGACUCUUUAUAGUGACCAGAAAGGGCACAAAACAGCAUAAAAACAUCGUUUUUGGCCUUUUAAUCUUGUGCAAUUUCACGUUGAACAAGAAAAAGAUCCUCCUUUUAAAGUUCCAGGUGAAAAGUCAUUAUCAUACAGAUUUGAAAUGAUAUUAGGGUGUGUAAAUAAUGUCAUAAUUAUCAUUUUUGGGUGCAUUAUUCCUUUAAAGUGGUAUCCACUGUUAACAAGUCAUUCUCAGGUAAUAUUGGUGUUUAAUCUGGACUGAAAACAUGUUACAUCUGAUUACCUCUUGUUCUCAUGCAUUGGGGUAUGAAUUAUGGCCAGUGUGCUGCAGUAUUGAGUUUGGACAAUAAAGCCAAGAGCAAUAAGAAAUGA